UGGCGGCCGGAGGACUGAAGUGGGACUGGAGCACUCUGUGGAAUAAGACCGACUUUACCGCCGCAAUCGCAGUAUUUUCCGCCGCAAUUCCUCCGCGGACAUUUACCGGAUAAACUUACCAAAGACGGGGCCAAGUUUUUACCCGUUUUAAGCGUAAUUUAGGGACUGUUCUGGCCGGUGUUUCCUCGCUGUCUCCCCCGGCGCUGAGUGCUCGUUUGCCCGCUGCUCUACUCAACAUGGAGGUAGCCUGUUCCCCGCAAGAAGAGCCCCUUUUUGGACCAUUUUUGAGCUUUUAAUCUGCAUUUCCUCACGUUUUAACACAUCAACUCUCACGAUCGGUGCUUUUAAGUUGUUUUACGUUUAACUUAUCGCUUUUGGUGGCCGUUUUCAUCGCUAAAACAAGACAUCUGUUGAGAGGACGCACUGCAACGCUCAUGUUUUGUGGACCGUGGAUAAUUUACGAGAAGUAGUCCCGCUUUUAAAAGUUGUUCUUGGAGUUUAGGACGAUCGCGAAGUUACUAAACAUUUGCAUACAACUUCGAAAACAUUCAGCCAUUGACUUGUGUAUGUAUGUGUGACAGUAGCCAUUGCGUUUUAUUGGAUCUUGCACUUGGUUACAAAAGAGGAAUGCAUUGAGAAUCAUUGAGAAUCACCAUCAGCCACUGGAUUUUACGUAUUUGCGGAUUAUUAUGGAUUUUUCGGAUUAUGCGCAAGGCUGUGUGCCCAAAACGAAGCUGUGUUUUUGUCACUGAGCGCAGAAAUAACUCGUUGAAGGCGAUGAUGACCGAGAAAAGCGAUGGUUUCUGAAUAAGUGGGCUUUGCAUUUUACAUGGGGACUGGCUGGACAUGCCACGGAGCGAGCUGCCACUGCCCGAAGGCUGGGAAGAAGCCCGAGACUACGAUGGGAAAGUGUAUUAUAUUGACCACAUCAACCAGUGCACGAGCUGGAUCGACCCGCGAGACAGACACACGAAGCCUCUGACGUUCGCUGACUGUAUUGGAGAUGAGCUGCCGGUGGGAUGGGAGGAGGCGUAUGACCCUGUGGUGGGGCCAUACUUCGUGGACCACAACACGAAGAGCACCCAGCUGGAGGACCCCCGCGCCCAAUGGCAGAGGGAGCAGGAGGCGAUGCUGAGGGAGUACCUCUCUGUGGCACGAGACGCUCUGAGUGCCCAGAGAGAGAUCUACGAAGUGAAGGAGCAGAGACUAAGACUGGCUCAACAAGAAUACAGACAACUGAACGAGCAAUGGAGAGACAAAUCCUCCUCACACACCAGCUUAAACUCCAGAUCUUCCACUUCGAGUAAAUACGACCCUGACAUCCUCAAAGCCGAGAUCGCCACGGCCAAAAGUCGAGUGAAUAAGCUGAAGCGGGACCUGGCCUGUAUGAAGCAGGAGCUACAGUUUAAAGAACAAGGCGUCGAGACCCUCAAAGAAAUUGACCAGAAAGUGUCGAGUAGUUCUUAUGGAUACAAGCUGAACGAGGCUCAGGCCAUUCUGAGUGAAGUCCGCUCCAUCCGAGACGCCAUCAACUCCGGAGAGAAGGAGAAACAGGAGCUCAUGCAGAAACUGGCCGUGCUGAAGGAUGGGUUCAGACUGGACUCUGGUUCUCAGCAGGAGCUCUGGGGCAGCUCUCCUUCUCUCUCCAACUCUGAGAUGUCCAUCAACCGCCUCUUCUCAGACGCUGGAUCACAGACGGACACUCCGGUCGAGGUCAUGUCCAGCAACAACAAACUGGCAGAAAAAGUUCGUCUGAGUCUGAAAUAUGAAGAGGCCAAGAGAAGGAUUGCGAAUAUCGAAGUGCAGAUUGCGAAGCUGGACAGUGAGGCGUGGCCCGGCCUGUUGGACCCGGAGCGAGAUCGUCUUAUUCUGAUCAACGAGAAAGAAGAACUGCUGAAGGAGCUCCAGUUCGUGAGACCGAGAGCGAGACUGGAGCCCAAUGACGCAGAGAAACUGGAGACGCAGAAGAAAUGUCUGGAGAGGGACCUGCAGGCGGCGAGGGACAGCCAGAGCAAGGCCCUGACGGAGAGGUUGCGUCUUCACUGUAAGAGGAACAAACUGGUCCGCGAGCUGGAGGAGAUGGUUCGACUGGCCUCUUCUCUGCACUCUCAGCUCAAAAGCCUGUCAGCGAAGACACGCUCCUGCUCGUCCGGCAGCAGUCGCGGCUCUCUCACUUCGUCGCGUGGAUCUCUCGCCACCACCUCCAGCCUGGGCUCCACCUCCUCCCUCAGCUACACCGACCUCUACCUGGACCAGCCGGAACUACAGGACCCAGACUUCCAAAACAAGCUGGACGUGCUGCUCCAGGACGGCGGCCAGGCGGGCUACAGACCCUCCAGCUCCAUCACGACCAUCCACGAGCACGAGGUGGUCACGAAUUGCACGGGGCGGGAGAACGAAGAAAAAUCCAGGGAUAAGACUGAAAUUCCUGGUUUGAACCGUAUACAAAAACUUUCCGAAACGCCGAAAUCCAUGAGCUCGCUUUCUCCACGCUCUUCGCUGUCGUCCCUGUCCCCUCCGUGCUCGCCCCUGGUCACGGAGGCGGCGUUCCUGUCCGGAGAAGCGUUCCCAGGUCAGGCGGAGGGGGCGGGGCUAGACCUGGAGCUGCACAGUCGGCUGCAGGAGCUGGAGAUGAGUUUAGAGACGGAGAAGAGGAGAGAGGAGCAAAUGAGAGGGGCCUCGGAAGACAGGAAGGAGCCUGGAGGAGCUCUGCACGAAGAUGGCAAAGACACCGCUGCGCUGAGAGGAGGGCAGAAGAAGAGCGGAGUGACCUCGGCCGUGUCUGACGAAUCUGUGGCCGGAGACAGUGGAGUCUAUGAACCCGCCGAUCGCAGGUCUGGCGUGGCGUUGGAGCUGGAGGAGCGUCUGUCUGUGGGCUGCCCCCAGGUCCAGAUCAGUCUCAAGUUUGAGUCCAGAGACCAGAGAUUCACUGUGUUUGUGACUCAACUGUCGAACUGCAGCGCCCUCUGUCUGCCACACAACCACAAGAUUUACGUGCGCGUGGCGGUGCUGCCGUGUAUCGGGACCAGCCGGUGUCUAUUCAGAACCUGCGCUGCUUUGCCUCAAGAAAUCACGGAGUUUAACGAAGUGUUCGGGAUGCAGAUCUCCCACAGUGCACUGCGGCAGAAAACGCUACGAGUCGACAUCUGCCAUACGAGCAAAACGGGACGAGAGGAGGUUUUGACGGGCGCUCAGAUCAGCCUGGCAGAUCUCAGCUGUUCAGAGGAGAGGAGCACGAAGUGGUACAACCUCCUGAGUCACUCCUUCGACAUGAACUCCAAAGACAAAGAGGGCGCUGUGACCCACGGAGAUCAGAGCCGUGUUUCCAGCGAAAGAAGUAGAGCUCCAGAUGAAGAGGAAUGGCCCGAUGAAGAUAUUUUCGAGGAUGAAGGAGGAGGCGGAGAGGCAGAGGAAAGAGCAGAAGAAGAGGAGGAGGAGGAUGAAGAGUUUUACCCUGAGGAUGAUGGUCCCUUCACAGAGACUGAACCGGAGAAAGCAAACACCAGACCUGCCCCUAAGCCUCCUGCGAACAUCACCGAGAAGGUGAACAAGGAGACCAGUGUGGAUGGUCUGCUCUCCUCUCACGCUGUGGUCCGGCCCAAAGAGCGCCGCCCAGAUCUGCCCCAGAACCAGAACCAGAUGAGCUUUCUCAGAGGCAACACCAUUAUCCGCUCCAAAACCUUCUCCCCCGGGCCCCAGAGCCAGUACAUCUGCAGGAUAAACCGGAGUGACAGUGACUCAUCCACUUUGUCGAAAAAAUCUCCUUUUGUGAGAAAUGCCUCCGAGAGACGCAGCAUGAGGAUGAAGAAGCCCGCGGUGGUGGUGAAGCCCCUGGACGGCCUCCUCCGCACCUCUUUGGACUUGGAGCUGGACCUGCAGGUGACCCGGACACGGCAGGCGCGCUUGACCCAGGAGCUACGCGUGCUGAGGGAGCUGAAGAGCCAGCUGGAGAGGGCGAGGCAGGAGGGCCAGAGAGAACUCCCCCUAUGGGUGAGAGAGGACGAGCGCUUCAGGCUGCUGCUGCAACAGGCCGAGAAACAGACUCGUGAGGAGCAGCGUCAGGAGCAGAGAGUGGAGAAGAUGAUGAGAGCUGCAGCGAAAGACGUCAACAAGAUGAGAGUCCAGAGUCGGAAGGAGGUCCCAGAGAUGCAGACCUUCAGGGAGAAGAUGGCGUUUUUCACUCGCUCUAAAUCCACAAUCCCGGAUCUACCUGCAGACGACGUUUGAGAGGCACAUUUCAAAGUAUUUCUGCGCUUGCUCCUCCUCUCCCUCCUCCUCAUCCUCCUCCUCCUGCUGCUGCUGCUGCUGCGUUCAGAUGAAGCAAACAUGGCGGUGUUAUGAAGUUGUACAGGAAUCAUGAUCUACGUUAUAGCGUUUAGCACUCUUAGGCCUGCCUCAUGUCGUCUCCUCUGUUUCUCUCUGUCGUUUUAAUGGCGUUACUGUUACUAACACACCGUCUGUAGGCGCUUUUAGACUUUUUGAAUCAUUCCAGUACGUAUCCAGUCUUUCGAAUCGUAUGAAGGAUUAAUAUUUUCAAAACCAUGGUACUGGAUUAACCAAGAAAACACCACAUAUUUAUAUCUGUAGAGACAACAGCACAAGAAAAAAGAUCUGAUAAUAUUUCAGUUUCUGUAGGCUACAAAAACUAUUGUAUUGUGUAUAUAGAGCCCUCCACAAAUAGUAGCAACGAAAUGCUGUAAAAGUAUAAUUAUUUUAACUUUUGUACUUAUGUUUCUAGAUAAAAAAGUAAUUAACUAGUGUCUGAGCAAUUCUACCAAAACUUCUUUUUUUUUUUUUUUUUUUAAUGGCCACUGAACUUAUAGUACUUGUUAAGGUUGAAAAAUAUUCUCACGAACAUUUUUUUUUCUUUUCACGAUAAAAAAAACAGCUUAAAAGUUGAAUAUACUUAAUUUGUUCGAUUCUCACAUGUAUUUUUGGUGUUUCAAAUAUAUUUUAUAUCAAAAUUUAAAGGUCCUACAUUAUGCAAAAUUGCCUCUUUGGGAGUUUAGUCAUGUUCUAAUGUCGUUAAAGCUUCAAAAACUAAAAACAGACCUGGAGUUGUGUUUCGUUUCAUUCACACACUCCUUUUAUUAUUAGUUUGUCUACAUCUCGAAAGCUCAAAAUGCUCUCUUCCACCUUGUGAGGUCGUGAAGUGGUAGUUUUUAAGUUAUAACAGCCAUGUUUUACACAAAAAAUUGCAAUUCCAGGGAUGAAAUUAUAUAAAGUGGAGUGUAUGGAGUUUAAAAACGCAGUGGAGCACUUCCUGUAUUACCCCAUGACAUCACAAGGUGGAGCAGCGUGUUUUCCGUUCUGUUUGCGAUGAGGAAACGACAUUAUAACUUGACUUAAAUCGUCCGAAGAGUCAACGUUUGUGUAAUAAAGACGCUUUUUGAAUGAAAAUAUAUUAAUUCACAAACUGGAUUUCACGGUUUUUAAAUGUUAUCCACUGCCUCAGUAAGAAUGUAGAAAAUAGCACUACUAAGUCACUCAGGUGGAGCUGCACUUUACACAACUGGAAAUGUAGAAAUGGAAAAACGUGGGGUGUAAAUCUUCUGUCGAGUCAAAGUCAACUGUGAAUUAUCGUCAGCCUCAGCCAAUAGAAACUCAUCAGGAACAACUACGCUUUGGUGUAAUUGUGGAGGUAUUUAUACAUAUAUAUUUUUUUAACAAUUUUAACAAUUAUCUUUUAAUAUACAGGAUGUUUAGAUUGGUAUUGCCAUGGAAACCCAACAAAAGGAGUUUAAGACUUACACGAAAUUGUCUCUUGUGAGCUGUAAGUCGUGUUAUAAUGAUGUUACCUCCUCACAAACAAAUCUGGAGUUGUGUUUUGUUGUGUUUUUUUCUAUGCAUACAUCUUUGAGUAACCCUUUAUUAUUAGUCUCAGGGUUCCCGCAGUCAUGGAAAUCCUAGAAAAGUCAUGGAAAUUUGUAAAUUCAAUGAAAUUUUUAGAAAAGUCAUUGAAUUUUUGUUCAUUUAUCAUUAGACUGCUACACAACACGUUUGGAUCAGUUUUGUCUUAUUUUAUUUUUGUUUAAAGGAAUUAAAGGAUAUUUUUAGUCUCCGUGCUGUCUCAGUCAGUAUCGGGUAUCGGCAGAUAUUUGAACAGUUUUCCCACAGUCUUGAAAAUCCUGGAAAAAGUCAUGGAAAUUUGUAAAUUUAAUGAAAGUUUUGGAAAAGUCGUGGAAUUUUAGUAUCCCUUUUCACUCUAAGUAUCUCCCUCACACAACUACAGCGUUCUGUUACGUUAUUAUUAUGAUUAUGUGACAGUAAAUGCACUGACAGUAUUUUGAAUGAUAAAAAACUAUAAUCCCAAACCAUAAGGUGAGUGGAAAGGGUUAACAUUUCAUAUUUAUCCCCAAAAGUCUGAUCAAUUCUACACAUGUAGGUGCCGUACAGUCAUGGAAAAUUCACUUUAGGUCAUGAAAAAGCCAUGGAAAAGUUUUGAAAUUUUGAAAAAGAGUGGGAACCCUGUAGUCUCUCUCUUCGUGAUGUCUUGAAGCAGUAGUUUAGAUUUACAUUCGGUUCAGUACAGAAAAGUCAUGGGAAUUGAAAAUGUCAUUUCCCGGGCCUGGAAAAGUCAUUGAAUUUUAGUAUCUCUUUUCAAUUUUAGUAUCUGUUUCACGCAACUACAGCGUUCAGUUAAGUUCUCAUUAGGUUAUUAUGAUUAUUUCCAAACAUAUGCGCCUUUUGUUUUAAAAGAAACAACAAUAAAUGCACUGACAGUAUUUUGAAUGUUAAAAACUAUAAUACCAAACCAUAAGGUGAGUGGAAAGGGUUAACAUUUCAUAUUUAGCCCUAAAGUCUGAUCAGAACACAUUAUAGUGCUGUAUAGUCAUGGAAAAUUCACAUUAGUUAAAAUUUUGAAAAAGAGUGGGAACCCUGUAGUCUCCAAACCUCAAACUUCUCUGUUCCACCUCGUUUAGAUUUACAUUUUAGUUCGGUACAAAGUGGCAAUUCCAGGACUCUGAUCGCCCAAAUGAUUCUAGUGAAGGUGUGUGGAGUUUAAAAACACAAUGGAGCACUUACAGUAUUGCCGCAUGACAUCACAAGGUGGAGCAGAGUGGGUAUUUUUAUCAUUUGAGAGAAGAACUCAGCCUAAAUAUACAGGGUUUGUGCAUUAAUUAAACACGUGUGAAUGAAACAACAAUAAACACAACUCCAGGUCCAGUUUGUGACGAGGAAACGACUUUAUAACACAGAUCAGAAAAUAGCGUAACAUGAGCCCCUUUAAGUAUUGUGGAAUUACUGAGUUAUUCAUAAAUUUUUCAUGGCUGAAUUCAGAAGCGAGUUUGUUUUCUGAUUGUGCUUUCAGUCACGACUCCGCUGUUUCCACGGUAACCCUCUGGAGCGCGUCAGCUGCAGACCUUGGCUUUUCACUUUUCUGACAUGUUUAUUGAGUUUGGUAAAAGAAAAAAAAUUGCGGCGUUAACGUUUUCCAUUCGGUGUCUGGCUUCACUGGAAGGAAACUCGCUCGCUCACUAAUUCACAUAAAAACUGUAUUUUCUCUCCGUGAACUUCACACAUUUUUGAUACAGAAGACACAAAAUAAUCUUGUUUUUUAGUCAUUUUUUCCAGAGAGAUGUAAAAGUCAAGCACAAAAAUGGUCAAACCUUCAAUGGUCAAUCCUUACGCUUAAAGGAACUGUAUGAAACUGCUCUAUUUUGAUUUUAAAUUUCCCAAACUUGCCCUGUCCCUGUCCCCAGAUACAUGUUUUAAUCAAGUAUAGUUUUUACUGAUAACCUAAAAACCUAAAUAAGAAACUAAAUAAAAACCUAAAAGAAUUCUCUCAUCCAAAUGCUAAUGACAAUGAAAAAACUUUGCGUCUAUCUGCAGGUUAAAGAACGUAAUUCUCUAAUUUCUACUCAAUUUGAUGGUAUAAAUAUUGUAUUUUUGUAAAUAUAAAUUAUCGUUUUACACCAAUAUAGGAAGUAGAGCAGCGGUUUCCAACCCAAAGUCCUGCACAGGUCCAUUUUUAGAGACCCACACCCGCCCAUUAACUUGUGAUUAUAUCAAAGUUAAACCUGUUCACAUUCCACCCGUUACCACUCGUGAUAAAUCACACACACAUUAAUAUCAUUCCAACUGAAGCAUCCAUCAGAAUACGAAUUGAAAAGUUACGAUUUCAAGAAUUACAAUCACGAAAUGAAAUAAAACGGUUACACUUUCUUCAGUAUGACCACGAAUUCAGACGCGACUCGACUGUCAAAAACCCGUCAUCACUUCACAGGCAGAAGAAACAUCGAUCGAGAUGCUGGACUUUUGCUCCACAUACGCCACGGACUGAACCAGGACUGAACUAGGACUAAACCAGGACUAAUCUAGGACUAACCUAGGACUGAUUCCAGGACUAAAACAGGACUAAAACAGGACUAAAACAGGUCUAAAACAGGACCAAAACAAGGACUAAAACAGGACCAAAACAGGACCAAAACAAGGACUAAAACAGGUCUAAGUCAGGUCUAAGUCAGGUCUAAGUCAGGUCUAAGUCAGGUCUAAGUCAGGUCUAAGUCAGGUCUAAGUCAGGUCUAAGUCAGGACUAAACCAGGACUAAACCAGGACUAAACCAGGACUAAACCGGUUAAACUACUCCAUUGGAUUGUAAAGGAGCUCAACGAGAAAAAAGGUUGGAGACCCCUGAAGUAGUGAGUUCUGUCCAUCCAAAAGUUCAACGCAAUUUAUGGAAACACAUUUUUUCUACUCUAAACCAUGAUUCAAACAAAAUAGAGGUGUUUUCUUCUAUUUUCACUUCUCAAAUAAUAAUCUCUGUGUACGUCAGAGGAGUUUUGGCCCAGUCUACUACAUGGUUGCUAGGUAACAGCUGUCAUAUCCUGCCAAGUAAAAUUUUAAUCCUAGAAAAUGGCCAAACCGGGAAAAAUAACUGUAAUUUUUUCCUGUAAAAUCUUAAAUUUAUUGUCUUAACUGUAGUCAGAUGAGUACUCGAAGCUGUCAUAGGCGUUUUAAAGCUUUGGCAACCCAAUUGAGUUGUGUUUGUAAUAUGUUUUUUAAAUAACUAUAAGAGUGCAGUGCGUAAAAUUCCUCAGUCGUCCAGGUAAAAUCCAGAUUCCUCCUUUUCCAUAUGAGUGCGGGAUACAUACAGUUCCUUUAAGAGAAAACAAAUGAUCAAUAACAUAAAAAACCUAAAACAUAUCUCCUCUUUACAACAUUUUUAUUUUUGACCAAGGGUUUAGCUCUUAUAAUAUGUAAAAACAACAUCAGAAUGUGUGUCAAAAUCAAGGUUAAAGGUGCAUUGUGUAACUUUUUGGUUGGGUUCACUUGCUCGUUUCUGUGGAUAUGUCACAGCUCUACUUGGAAUGUUCCACAGUGUGACAUUAAACAGCUCUACCUUACAUUUACUAAAUUACAAACAGUUUUAUAGCUCAAAAAAUACCUAGAAAAACAGGCAUGACCUGUAACUUGGUCUGGUUUGGUCUCCAUGACGAAAAAGCAUUUGACGAACCUUCUACCAGAAAAGUUACACAAUGCACCUUUAAGAGAAAACAAAUAACCAGUAUGAAACAUGAAACAUAUCACCGCUUUACCACACUGACUCAAAAGGAUUUAACUCAAAAAGUGUGUCAAAAUCAAGGUUAAAGGUGCAUUGUGUAACUUUUUGGUAGGGUUCCCUUGCUUGUUUCUAUGGAAAUGUCAUUGCUCUGCCUGGAAUGUUCCAUAGUAUGACAUUAAACAGCUCUACUUUACAUUUAUUAAAUUACAAAUGGUUUAUAGCUCAAAAAUAGCCAUAAAAUCAGAUAUUCGGACUGUGAGCGGGCUUGCCUCUCCACAGAUCUGACCUGUAACUUGGUCUGGUUUGGUAUCCAUGGAGAAAAAGCAUUUGUUUGACCCUCUACCGGAAAAGUUACACAAUGCACCUUUAAGAGAAUACAAAUAACCAGUACGAAACAUGAAACAUAUCUCCGCUUUACCACACUGACUCAAAAGGAUUUAACUCAAAAAGUGUCAAAAUCAAGGUUAAAGGUUGCUUUUGUUUUACUCACAUUUUCGCGUUUGUAGUAGGGAUGGGACGAGACGCAAUUUUCACAAGACGAGACGAGAUUUUCACAUAAUUUGUAAUAAAUAAAAACAACGUAGUGCGGUCCAUUUCACAAUUUUGGCUUCACUAUUUUUAUUUAUUUUAUGUAAUACUUUAGUGGUCAUUGUAUUCUGCUUUUUUGGACUACAGCUUCUCAAAUUGUACCAGCUCUUAACUCUUUUUCUGUCCAAGUCAAAGGUAAAAAUUCAGGAGGAAAGAUACAUUUUUUUUCUCAUGUGCGUACGAUCUUUCGGCAAAUUUUGUCUCACGAGAUCUUGUCCCAUUCCUAGUAUGUAGUAUUUUGUGCCUUUUCCAAGUUCGCUUCUUUCAUUUCGUUGCGUCAUUAUCCGCAAAAACUGGAAAUAACUCCGCAGUUACGACAUUUUAUCACAAAAAUGUUGCUCUUUCCACUUUUUACUAGACUUUUACUUGAAAAAUUUAACACUACGUAGAGUCAAAUGACCAUCUCAAUCACGUCGAGACUCAAAUGAAGGAUUGUAGCUGAUAAAUAGUCAAAAUAUAAAAUGCUGGUAGUCUCAUAUGAUUAUUUUUUCAUUGCGUAGGAUGUGAUGUAAUAAUAAUUUUGUUGUUUUUUGUUAUUAAGUGCAUUUUUCAGUUUUAUUUUUCUAAUCUGAGAAACUGGAGGAGGCUUGGACAACAGGAAGCAUGUAUUUAUUGCACUUUGUGAUUUGGGUGUUGCGUUUCCUUGUUAUGUUUUUUUUUUUUUUUUUUUUUCCUCUCUUCUUUUUGACAGUCCUCCCAAAAGCUGUGAAUUAUUUUCUCCGAUGUUGUUCUGUCGACCAGAGUUGUAAAUAUUUCACCAGCACAGAAUAAAAACAGACGUUAUGUUUUAUAGUUUCACAACAAAUAAAAAAGGU